AUGGGGUCUCUGUGCAUGCAGGCUGGUAAGUUGCAGAGGUCUCCAUGCUCCCACGUGGAGCGGCCCCAGGGGAAUGCACUCACCCUGGGCACUAGCACGGUGGGGGGGGUCAUGGAUGCGGGGGUCCCUAUGCCCAGGUGGAGCAGCCUCAGGGCACUGCACUCACUCUGGGGACAGGCACGCAGGGCGUGGAGGUCUCCGUGUGCCCAGGUGGAGUGGCCCCAGGGCACUGCACUCACUCUGGGGACCGGCGUGGGGGUUGUGGACGCGGAGGGGAAUGCCUGUUACAGUAUUUUUAAACACCCUCGUGUACUGCCAUGCUCUCACACAUUCUGUAAUGCUUGUUUAGAAAGCAUUCUUCAGGCAUCAAAUAACUUUUAAUGGAGACCUUUGCGAAUCCUACUCAAGUGCCCUUGCUGCAGAAGCAUGAACAAGGUUGCUCCCUUGGGCAUAGACUCUUUACCGGUAGAACACCCUGAAAUUGCCACCUGCCUUGAACACUAUAUGCAACCAUUAAAUGUUUACUGUUUUCUGGAUAAGAAGCUGGUCUGUGGGCAUUGCCUUACCAUGGACCAGCAUAAGGUGCAGAAAUUGCUUCAGCAUUUGAGUGAUGCUCACUGGACAAACUUCAACCAUCUGAUUCAGAAGCUUGAAGAACAGAAAUUGAAUUUGGAGAGGAUGGUCCAAGGGAAUAAGGAAGUCGUUCUUCAGUACUUCAAGGAGCUUAGUGAUGUGUUGGAACAGAAAAAAAAGCUGCUCCUAACUGCCCUUUGUGAUGUCAGCAAAAGGAUCUGUCAGCUAUGUACGCCUCAAAUCGAAAGAAUGAAAGAGUUGCAAGAUCAGCAGCUUGAAUUAAUCGCCCUGGCAACAUCUCUACAGGAAGAAACUCUCCUUGAGUUUCUUGAGAAAGUGGAUAAUGUUCGCCAGCAGGUCCAGAUGCUAAAGCAGAAACCCCUGCCCCAAAUCCUGCCUGUCCUUAUCCACCCACGAGCUAUCCAGGUAUUGAAGGAAUAUUGGAGCAGAACAGAAAUGAAGCAAAUCAAGCAACUGCUCGUUCCUGAAAUAAAGAUUUCUUCAAAGAGGAUGCCUUAUCCCCUGGUUGAGAAGAAUGACAAUGACAAAGAAGCUGAACUUUUUAAUAUUCUAAAUAUUGUUAUUGUCACAAUGAUUUCAGUGAUACUGUUAUCAAUCCUCUUUUUUAACCAGCACAUAAUAACCUUUUUAAAUGAAAUAACUUUACUGUAUUUCUCUAAGUCUAUAUCUGUUUACCAAAUCGUAUAGAACCACCUGCAUGAUUUAAAGAAUAUCAUGUGUCACAUUUUAUAUUUACUGAAGGAAUUUACAUGGAAGCCAAGAAUAUUUCUUCCCAUUAUCCUGCUGGAAAAGUUUGGUACUUUUAAAAAAAGGAUUAACUUUGUGAUAUCAUCAAUUAUUCACUCCUCUCCUAUAACUGAUGCCCCCGUGUUUUACAUUGAUGGGUCAGCAUCAGGAAAAGGAGGCAUAACUGGUCCUUCACUGACCACAGUAGUUCAUACUAACUAUAAGUAUGUUUACAGUGCAUGGCCUAAUUACAGGAGCACAUGGCCAGCUUAUAGGGAGCUGACAGCCCAGAAUGAGGAGCUGAAGCAAAAGGUUGUCCUGCAGAAACAACUUCUAGAACAAAUGCAGAAAGAAAAACAAAUGGAAAAAGAAAAGAUCCAUCAUUUGGAAGAGCAGCUCAGCAAUACCAAAGGUUUCCUCCAAACCACUCAGGAGCUAAAUCAGAAGCUCCAAGUUCAGCUCAAUGACAUCAAGAGUGAAUAUCAGGCUCCCAGGGAGUGUGAGACCACCUUUGCAAUGGUGGAAAACGGCAAAGAAAAUGAGGAGUGGGCCAAAAUGCUGGACUUGCUUACAGUGAUGAAGAAGUGGAUGUGUGGUCAUACACAGUGUUUAGAGGCCCCAGAAUUAGGGUGCAUUCCACAACUGGUAUUUAUAGUUCGGAAUAAUUUUGAAGUGGCCAGAGUGGUGGCACAAGCAUGUGAAGACCAAGACCUGAUGGCAGCCAAAGUUGCCCUGCUGCAGGAAGAAAUAGUGUACCUUAAGAAGAAGGUAAUUCCUACUGCAGCAUGGCGAGAGGUGAGAGAGGUCCAAGCUCAGCUCAAUGACAUCAAGAGUGAAUGA